GUGGCACUGACUGGCAGCACUGCUGGGCUGCACUGGUGGGCAGCACUGGUGGGCACAGGUGGGUGGCACUGUUGGGCACAGGUGGGUGGGCACAUGUGGGUGGCACUGCUGGGCACAUGUGGGUGCACUGCUGGGCACAGGAGGGUACACUGCUGGGCACAGGUGGGCGGAACUGGUGGGUGGCACUGCUGGGCACCGAUCAUCAGGGCACUGAUCAUCAGUGCCCUGAUGAUUGGUGCUGAUCCCUGCUCUGACAACUGCCGGUUCUCGGCAGUACUUUCCUCACGCUCUGACAGCGUGAGGAAAGUGCAGCCGAGAACCGGCAAUUGC